AUGUCAAUGAGUUUGCAGCGACGCGCGGCUGACAAUCGUGCUCACAAUCGAAUGGUGUUUUUAAAGCUGAUAGCUUUUUCAUUUGGAAUGGUUUUGAUCCCAUUGAGCACAUUUUACACCGUACGCAGUUUCUUCAGCAAUGGAGUAAUUAAAAGCCAGUAUGCAGAUGCAUGGAGUGGCUUCUCGGCAGUGGUGUCUGUAAAUAUUGUGAUUGGACUUUAUAUUCUUUCAGCGUGGAAGGAAGAUGACGGGAAGGUUGUGGCUCCACCAGUUGGGCGAUUUCUUAAAGCAAAAGAGGAAUGA